AUGACCUCCUCAGUGUCGCGCUCGACCGCAAGGUCCUCGGCCGUGUCAGUAGAUUUCGGCAGCGCCCAGCAGAUGCGCGUGCUAUGCGACAAGCUGCAGAAGCAGACCACCUUUCUAAGCGCCGCCGCUCUGCUCGCAACAUGGGCGCGUCUCGAUGAUUUCGAGGUCGGGCGAUGUGGUCGCAAGAUUCUCAUCUGCUAUAGUAUGGCCCACAGGUACCUGCGCGGCGAGGACAUCGACCUCAGCCCCUUCGUCGGAUGCCUCCCAUGUGUGUACAGCCACAAGCGGGUAUACUUCGAUUUGUUGUGGCCAUUAUAUCAGCGGCGACACGUCUUCGACGCAGACCAACGAGAACGCCUCUCACUCCUUCUUACACCAUUCGCUAUUACUGGCCCAGUGGGUUUGCCUUGCCGACAACCACCGCAAGGCAGUGGGUUCUGGGACAUUGAUGCGUGCGCCAUCCCCACGGGGCCGUGCAAGGCAUCGUACAGGUUGAUAUCAAGGCCGAAGCAGAGUUUGGAGCAGGCUCCGACUACCGCGUCGUCACAGCCGAGUCAAGAUGCGCGACCGCGGUCGUAUUCAUCCUCUGCGUGUCCACCGGGCUCGCCUGAUCCUUUGGCUAUCGCAAAAUCCCUGCUCGCUGCCCCGAAACCAACCUCCUCCUCUCCAUCGACGACCUCCACAGCCUCCGCGCCGUCCACUCCCUCAGUCAUGCAGCGCCUCGUCAAGCUCAUCGCGCCCAAGCCCGACGAGAAGAGGCGGCGCUCGAAGCACAAGCGCUCUGGGGCGGUGUCUAUCAGCUCUGAAGACAAGUCACCGACGAGCGCGCGCUAUAAUCCUCUGUCAAUGGCGGGGCGGCGGAAUGCGUUGUUUGAUUUCGCGGACAAGGAUCAAUCGGAUGGCGAGGACGGAUCGGGAAAACGGAGCUGCAGUGGUGAUGGCAAUGGGGCUGGGGGGAGUAGGGGUACUGGAGGAAAGGAGUGCGAGUCGAAGGACGAACACGAACCGAUAUGGCGCCCUCGACCGCAGCGGUUCGGGAUUUUCUGCACGGGGAAGGGUGGGCAGAAGGCGCCGCGCUCGUUGCAUUUGGUCGGUCAAUGA